AUGUGUUGUUUAGCUGUGAAUGACGAUCUUGUCGCAGUUUCAAAUGCAUUCUAUUUAGACUUUUUUAAUAAAUCUGAUAAUGUUAUUAAUAAAUUAACUAUCGAUCCUUCACCUUCGGAGGAUGAAACGGUAACGGACCUUAUAAUAUCACACGAUAGUAAGUAUUUAGCCGUACUCUUGUCUCUUUCUAAGAGGUUAAUUAUUUACGAGCUGCAACAUAUGCAACAAAUUUUAAACAUUACACUACCACGAAGAGCUAGUAAGAUAAGAUUUAAUAUAAGCAAUACACAAAUAUUCGUAGCUGAUAAGACUGGUGAUGUUUUAUCAUAUGAUAUACCACUUGGGAACAAUGGCAUUAAAAUCCUGGGACAUUUAAGUCUUCUUCUUAAUGUCUUACAAACCGAUGACGCAAAAUAUCUGAUUUCAUGUGACAGAGAUGAAAAGAUUAAAGUGUCUUGCUAUCCGAAUACAUAUAAUAUACAAACAUAUUGCUUGGGUCACAAGGAAUUUGUUAAUCAUAUAGAACUCUUGCCACAUAAAACAGAAUAUUUAACAAGUAGUUCUGGAGAUGGAACUGUGAAGAUUUGGAAUUAUGUAAAUGGUAUCUUAAUGCACACUAUUGAUACCAGUAAUGACUUAAAAAAUACAGAUUUACAAGAAAAAUUCUGUAAAACUAUGGAUGAAGAUGGAAUAGAAGUUUCUUCAUUACCCAUAGUACAUUAUUCAAUAUCUAAAUAUGAUGAGAAUUCCAGCAUAUUAGCAAUAGCAGUACAUACAUAUAUGAAAAUUAUGAUAUACAGAUUACAAUCACAAAAUGACAAAUUCAGCCACAUUUUAAUAUCAGAACUGCCCGUCGAACAAUUUCCUUUUGCUAUUAAAGUUAGCAACUUAUCCUUAUAUGUAUAUGACAAUACAGAUUUUAAAAUUAAGGAGUACCAUACCAUGAAUAAGAAUGAGAAUAUAACAAUUGAAUUUGCAAGGGAUAUUCAAGUAUUUAAAGAACAAGAUUGUAAACCUGAAAAAUAUGAUCCGGAUGCAAUCAAAGUUUUAUUUAAAAGAAAAUUUGACAAUGUACAGGAAUACCAGGAAAGGAAGAAACUAAGAUUAGAGAAAUCUUAA